AGCGCGCGCCGCGUCACCCAGCAGGUCUUGCCUGCGUAAAACAUUACCUGUAAGCUUCCUUGAGAGUGCUGGAGGGCCUCCCGGCGAUGCGGGCAGCGUGCAGCACAUAUAUACACACUCUGUGCCGGCUCACCCCAUCAGUAGUGUUCCGCCUGCUGUGGUCACAUCCUGCCUGCGCCCCGCUCCCUCGCUGCCUUUCACACUCCUCAGCACAAGACUGCAAGAUGAUGAUGGUGGUAAUGGUGGCUCUGGUGAUGGUUGCGGCGUGUCAAGGACAGCCAGGAAGCCAGGUCUACAACGAGAACGCGUGUAGUAGCAAAGGCGGGCUCUGUGCGAGGUCUGAGUUCUGCCCCGAGGAUGGCAAGAUGGAAGAAGGCUUGUGUCCCAAGCAGCAGGCCGAUGGCGUUGAGUGCUGCCAGAAACUUCCUACCAACCUCACGAGCUGCGGGGAUCGCGGGGGAGAGUGUGUUCCUACCAAAAAUUGCGGGAACGCCCCUACAGAAGACGCAGAAUGUCCCCUAGGCCAGGUGUGCUGCAUCUUCGUCAACUAGUCACCAGUGUUCGGGGAAUUAGGACGGAUCGCAGCAGAAAUUAAAGUUAUGUUCUGUGCCCAAGGAAACUUCAAAUAAUGGAAUGCUUCUGGUCAUUACUUUCUGUGCGCUUAUCUGUUAUUACUGUUGUGAGCCUAUGAGCCUAUGCAUUAGAUUAUUAUUACUAUUAUAACGACUUUUAUACUAUUAUUUCUGCUAUAACUUCUACUUCUCUUCCUCCUAGACAUUAUAUUAUGUACGCUUACCGUUUAGAUAAUAUUUCUAGAUUAUUGCCAUUAUUACUACCAGUACAUCUACUCCUACUAUUAUUAUUGGUCCUCCUCCUCCCCCUCUUCCUCCUCCUACUACUACUACUACUACUACUAUCACAUUUCUGGCUUAAUGUCUCCUUUCACUGAGUCCUCGGAAGGUGUAUGAUUAACUAUUUUGUAUUCAGAACCUGCUUGUCAUGGAAACUGUAGGUAACUGUCUUUGUUACAUACUAUGUGGAUGUAAACAGCAAUGCUCUUUUUUACCUUGUUACCUGAAAUAAACGAGAGAUCUGAUUCUUAAAGUGAAGCUAAUGUUUGUCGUGCUCGUUGGUUUAAUAGUGACACUUUCAAGUAUUAUCCAGAAUUUACAUAUUAUAGCUUUUGUAUCCACGGUAUUUUCGUUGUCAAGUAAACAUACGUCUGUAUA